ACCCGGUGGAAUCGUAGGAAUGAUGGCGUCCGUGGUUGUCCGCUGCUCCUCACGUUGGAUUACAGUCGUGGUGUCUUCUGGACCUCGAAGGGCUGCCGGUUCAUUUCUGUCUUCUGGCCAUGUCGGGGUCUGCCGUUUUUCUACAAUCGGAGUGGGAAAACUAUGGUAUGGAGGGAGCCUGGUGUGCGGCGGAGAAGGGAAAGCGUUGACAUUGAGAGGGUUGUCAGGCCUCAAAUCACUCCAUGCAUUCUGCACAUCUUUCCACACAAGUGCAUCAUCCAACAGCAAGCAGGACUUCUACCACAUUCUUGGGGUACCUCGCACAGCAACCCAGAAAGAGAUCAAGAAAGCUUAUUAUCAGAUGGCCAAAAAGUACCAUCCUGACACCAACAAAGAUGACCCACAAGCUAAGGAAAAAUUUGCUCAGCUGGCUGAAGCUUAUGAGGUUCUUGGUGAUGAAUCGAAGAGAAAGCAGUAUGACACAUAUGGCUCAGCAGGCUUCGGUGCUGGUCAUGCAGAAGGAGGGCAGCACUACUGGGGUAGCCAUACCAGCCAUGUGGAUCCAGAGGAGCUUUUCCGCAAAAUCUUUGGAGAAUUUUCAGGAGGGCGCGGCUUUGGAGAUUACAACACAAUAUUUGAUCAGCCACAUGAAUACAUGAUGGAGCUGACAUUCACUCAAGCAGCAAAGGGAGUCAACAAAGAGAUUUCGCUAAACAUAGAUUCACCGUGCCAACGCUGCGAUGGUAAAGGACAUGAGCCAGGCACUAAGGUCCAGCACUGCAACCACUGCAAUGGCUCUGGCAUGGAAACAAUAAAUACGGGCCCGUUUGUGAUGCGCUCCACGUGUCGCCGCUGCGGUGGGAAAGGUACAGUCAUCUCUACCCCCUGUCAGUCUUGCCGAGGUACUGGACAAACCAAGCAGAAGAAGACUGUGAUGGUUCCUGUGCCUGCAGGAGUGGAGGAUGGUCAGACCGUCAGAAUGCCUGUUGGAAAGAAGGAGAUCUUCAUCACAUUUCGGGUCCAAAAGAGCUCUGUGUUCAGGAGGGACGGUGCAGACGUUCACUCUGAUCUUUAUGUCUCUGUGGCUCAAGCCAUUCUGGGUGGUUCAGCCAGAACACAGGGACUUUAUGAAACACUCAAUUUGUCAAUUCCUGCAGGAAUUCAGAUGGAUCAGAGGAUCCGGUUGGCAGGAAAAGGAAUUGCUCACGUCGGUGGCUAUGGCUUUGGUGAUCACUAUGUCCACAUAAAAGUAAAAAUACCAAAGGUUUUGACAGACAGACAGAAAACUCUUAUAAUGAGUUUUGCUGAGGAUGAGACGAGCGUGGAGGGAACAGUGAACGGUGUCACUAACACCAGCACAGGUAAAAGAUCUUUCUCAAACUGAGGCCUCCUCAAAACGUCAAGGACAGCACCAUCGUAGAGACAGAGGAAUGAGUAACAUUCAUUAUUGGUCAGUCCUGGAUGGUUCUUCUGAAUGGACUGUUACAGACCUUUCGAUCAAACCUUGUUUCAAAGAAUUUCCUGCUCUGCCUCUCUCUCAAAGUGGAUCUACAGAUGUCAGUUUUAUCAAAUGUACAUGGAGGCCAGUGUGACAGCGAAGACUUGAAACGCACUUGGUGUAAGAUGGAUCCGUUUGUGGCCUCAGCAUAAAGAAAGGUUAUAGCAGCAUUUAUAAAUGAGAAAUUAUUGUACUGAAUGAGACUACAGAUAUAAAUUAAAAAUUAUUUAGGAUUAAAUCCUGUUAAGUCUGUCCCAUAUGUGGCUGUCGUAUUCAGGCGAAAAUGUUUCUUGUAAAUUCUGUCCCUUGUGGUGAUAUAAGUUAAAUAUUGACAGACUACAUGAGAACGCUUGGUCUCCACUCAAUUAUGGAGGAUGAAGGUGUAGAUCAGGCUGAAAUGUGACCACUGACUUUACAAUAAAUUCCCUGUUUAAUUAUUUUUAAUCACAUUUGUACAUCAACUGUUGUGAACGUUCAUCCAUGUAUCAUAGAAGCAAUAUAGCAUACAGCUCUAAUAAAGUUAUGGCCUGGAGAACAAGCUGUUCUGCCAUUUGCAGAAGCGACACACGUACUCAAGUUUUAUUUGUUUUUUUUAUUGCUUUUGGAAC